AUGACAACAACUGCAAUCCCUCCCAGGAACUUCCACAUCUUUGGCAGCGGUAUCUCGUUCAGCAUUUCGCCAACAAUCCACAACACUGGUUUCCGAUACUAUGGCCUCCCUUACACGUACGAUAUCCGCGAAUCACCAAGCAUCGAUGAAGUUGCUUGGCUUAUCCAAGACCCCCGUUUCGGUGGCGCCAGCGUGACAAUGCCACACAAACUACAAGUCCACAAAUAUUGCAACCACCAGACUGAGACUGCCCGUUUGAUCGGUGCGAUUAAUACGCUGAUUGUCAAAAGCGACGGGGAUCGGCAAAUCAUCACCGGUGACAACACCGACUGGUCUGGUCUGCACAGCAUCAUCGCCAACUACUCGGCAAAGACCCAGCAGCAGCCUAAUGUGGGCCUUGUUAUUGGCGCUGGGGGUGCUGCACGCGCAGCACUCUUUGCUUUGCACAAAGCUGGUAUACAGCACAUUUACGUUGUAAACCGUACCCUCUCCGUGGCCGAAAAAGUCAAGCACGAUUUCAAGAAUGUUUUCGAUAUCACGGUCCUUCCAAGUCUUGGAGAACUAUCGAACAACCCAGAUGUUAUCAUUGGCACUGUUCCCGCAGAGACAACGACAGAGGAUCAGUUCAGUUCUCUUUUUGGACCUCAAGGCCUCUGUAUUGACAUGUCAUACAAGCCACGACAAACACCCUUGCUGAAUGCUGCGCAAAAGCAUCCCGAGUGGACUACAGUCCCUGGGGUGGAGGUGCUUCUCGCGCAAGGGUUUGAUCAAUUUCGGCUCUGGACAGGCCGGGAUCUUCCGAAGGAGAAGAUGGUCGAGGCAGUUAUGGCUCGUGAUCGCGAGUUGAUCAAAGGACCCAAGAAUGGGAUGCUGUGA